CGAUUAAAUGUAAGUGGCACUGGUAAGCUGCUUGCCAUCAAAACCAUCGGUACAAAAGCCAGAAAGAAUCCAUCCAUAAUCACUAAAAUCGGGAUCCUUCUGGAUAUUCUCCUGGUAUUCUUCCUUCAACCGAGUUGCCUUCUCGUCGUAUUUGUCGAGGACGGCUUGGAGUGCGGGGUCGUACGGAGCAUCGACCGUCGAAGUCAUUGUAUGACGACCUUCUUCCAUACCACAAACCGUUCCUAACAAAACAGUGAUCAUAUUGAGUCCGAGGGAAUCCCAGUUUGGAUCGCGAAUGUCACGCCAUCGCAUGACAUCCGAUGAAGUAGCCAAACGAGUGUAGCCAAGAGUUGAACCAUGAACAUCAGCCGUGAUGCUCAUAAGCUCGAUCCAGUCUUCGAGGCUAUUGAUUUCUGAAGUGAAGCUCCCACACUCCUUUAGAUACUGCUUCAAGCGUUCCUCGACGGCCGCAGCCUUUUCUGGGUUUAUAUUGCGAAAGGCAUCAGAUGCUUCCUUUGCAAAUGGUGAGAUAAGAUUGACAUGCUUCCUGAACUCGGUCAGGAUCCCUGCUCUAUCCAUAUCUUUGGAUGAGAUGCCAACCAUGGAAUCGAUCCAGGACGAUGCAGAGGGAUUCUGGCCCCAUGUAUUCAAUAGACGAGAUAGAAUAGGUGUGAUCGCUGCGGUGGAACCAAAACCCAAUUUUCCCGUAAUCAAAGCAGUGAUCUUGGAUUGGUCUGUGUCAAGAAUUUCUGGUGCAGGAAGGAUCAAAAGUGUCCCAACCUGCGAAUACUUUUGUUGAAUGUUAUUCGCGUAAAACUUUGCCCAUUGGUGCAUUGGUUCGAAGUCUUUUGAAACAUAUUGAAAUGCAGAAGUUAUUAGGUAGUGAAGGACAUGAAUCGUCGCGUGAAUGGAUGAGGCGUAAAAGAAUAGGUUGUAAAUCGCAGCACUUGCCCAGUAGUCCUCGUCUUGUUGACUCUUGAAUUCGAAGAUUUUCGAUCCUUUGGAAUCGUCGUAAACCUUGUAACCUGUCAAUUUCAUGCGCUUGUCAAAGAAAAAGUUUACGUUACGGCCGACGCCGGUCAAAGUGCGUGUCAUUUCACGGUAUAGUGAUGGUUUAUUCUUGCAAUCGGGAUCUCUUCGAUCGAAGGAUCUGAGUUCAAACCCCCAGCGGGUUUUGGUCAAGGCUGAAGCAAAAAAUGGGUCUACCUUAAGAAGAUACCUAAGGGUCUUCGCGUUACAGUUGUUUGGGAAAAAAUCGUAGUUUGGAUCGUCCGGGAUGGUGUAAUCAUCGAGGGUUUCCUCGAGGUAAGCAUUUUGCAAGGGAAGCAACCCGUCCGCUUUUGGCUUCCCAUUCAGAGCAAAAAGGAGUGGGGCAGCUUUGAAAACAAAUUUUUUUGUUUUUGCUUCCACGCCGUCGUUGUUGAGAGCCAGGGGUACGUUAUCCUUGGGUAAGUGGACACCGGGAAACACUUCACGGAUUACAUU